AAAUGGUUGAGUGAGAGAGAGAAAAAGAUACUCUCUUCCCAUCUAUACAUAUAUAGAGAGAAACCUAUACAUAUAGAGAGAGAAACAUAUAUGUACAGAGAGAGGGAAAAAUAAAGCUAUAUAGAUUACAGUGAAAUCUUUCUUUUUCAUUUUUCCAUUAUUAACAUUCAUUUUCCAGCUGAGUAUAGAGUUUUCUUGAAAUUUUUGAUGUUCUAGGAUUAAACCUUUUUGGGUUUUAUUGAGGGUUCUGUAAAUUGGAUUUCAAGAAAAGAAAAAUUCAUGGGAAGGCUUGGGCAAUUGCUGAUUUAGCUUUAGUUUUGUUGGGAUUCAGCUUGAGCUCGGAUGGUUUUCCUGCGGAAUGACUUAGAUUGCCUUAAACAUUAAGGGCCAUAUUUCCUUCAUCAUUCUCACAUCCUGUUUGUCGCAAGGAUGUCAGAAUGGUUGGAUGCUUAUGACGACGUAAGAGAAAGAAGAUCAGACUUUGAGGUUUCAGAGGACGAAAGACGACGUUCAAGAAUUGGUGCUUUCAAGAAAAAGGCAUUAAAUGCUUCAAACAAGUUCACUCAUUCUCUGAAGAAAAGAGGAAAAAGGAAAGUGGAUUACAGGUUCCCUUCAGUUUCGAUAGAGGAUGUACGUGAUGCAAAAGAGGAAAAUGCUGUCUGUGAAUUACGUCAAAGGCUCCUUGAGAGGAAUUUGUUGCCACCCAGACAUGAUGACUACCAUACAUUGUUAAGAUUCUUAAAGGCAAGAGAUCUCAACGUUGAGAAAACUAUUCCAAUGUGGGAAGAUAUGCUUAAGUGGAGGAAAGAGUUUGGGGCAGACACAAUAUUGCAGGAUUUUUUCUUUGAAGAGUUGGAAGAAGUAUUGCAGUUUUACCCACAAGGAUAUCAUGGAGUUGAUAGGGAGGGAAGACCUGUUUAUAUCGAAAGGCUUGGACAAGCUAAUCCUAACAAACUAAUGCGGAUAACCACAAUUGAUCGCUACUUGAAAUAUCACGUUCAAGAAUUUGAAAGGGCACUACAUGAGAAGUUCCCUGCAUGUUCUAUUGCCGCAAAGAGAAGGAUCUUCUCAACAACUACAAUUUUGGACGUGCAAGGCUUAGGGAUGAAAAAUUUCACGAGGACAGCUGCUAGUCUUUUGUCGGCCAUUGCAAAAAUUGAUAAUAACUAUUAUCCUGAGACACUGCAUCGGAUGUUCAUUGUCAAUGCUGGCCCUGGCUUCAAAAAGAUGCUCUGGCCAACAGCUCAGAAGUUUCUGGAUGCAAAGACUAUAGCCAAGAUUCAGGUGCUCGAUCCCAAAUCUUUGGGUAAACUACUUGAAGUUAUUGACCCGAGUCAAUUGCCCGACUUCUUAGGUGGCUCUUGUACCUGUUCUGUCGAGGGUGGCUGCCUAAAGUCUAACAAGGGUCCAUGGAGUGAUCCUGAAGUAAUGAAGCUUGUGUAUAACGUAGAAGCAACAACUGUGAAGGAAAUCUCCAGAAAAAUCGGUGACCAAAGGAAAAUUGAAUCCUAUAUCCAGAUACGCCCUUUAAAGGGAAGGAGUACCGACACAUCCACAAGUGAUUCAGUAUCAGAUGCUGAUGACUCGUGUUCACCAAUUAGAGGAAGUAGUAGCUAUUUGAGGCUGGCCCCAGUUGAUGAAGAAGCUAGGUCAUCAGAUUCAACAGCUUAUUGUAGCUGUGAUGAUGAAUCCAGCCCAGGUGAUCGAGGUGUUGCUAAUGAGCAUGGAUCGCUGCAUCAGAAAGUACAGUCUCCUGUGAGCAAUCAAAUGAAUUUGUCGACUAAUACAUUGCAUAAUUCUGAAGGUACCUGGGCAAUUCAUUGGUGUGAAAGAAUCCAGGAGAAGAUUCUAAGCAGCUGUUUCAGUUGUUUGGAAAGGAAACUGAUACCCUUCGUACUCAAACUCUUUGCAUUUAUUCGUAGUCUGCCCUUUGAAUACUGGAGGAAACAGACAAAUGUUAUCCCGACUAAUGCAUUGGAAGAGCGGCAAGGGAGCAGUUCAUCUGUUAAUGAUGAAGCACUUCAAAGAGUAAGUGAGGUCCACCCGUGCAUGCAGCGUCUUCAUCAAUUGGAAAAUUUAUUGGAAGAAAUAAACAAAAAGCCAGCUGAGAUCCCAGCAGAGAAGGACCGAAUGCUUCAUCAGUCACUUAGCAGGAUCAAGUCCGUUGAGGUUGACCUAGAAAAAACAAAAAGAGCAUUGCAUGCGACGGUAUUGAAGCAACUUGAAAUUGCAGAGUUAUUGGAAAACCUAAAGGAGUCGAGAUAUCAUAGGCGGAGGUGGUGUUGAACAUUAAGGCUGGAGAUUUUGAGUACCUGACAACGCGAUGAGAAUUUUUAACUGCUAACUCCGCUGCAAAGGGAGAUGUUUAGCUUUAUGCACUCCAGCAGUGGUUACAAAGUUCUUUUUAACUUUUUGUACAAUGUCAUCUCUUUUACAGAAGUUGCAGUUGUGGUACUGCAAGAUGCUGAUGUUGAUUAUACUACUGUACUGUUGAACAUCUUGAAGGGAAAAAGCAGCUUAAAAGAAUAUGCAUACCAUCUUAGUAAUAUCUAUUCUAUUCCUCCA